AUGGUACAUUUUAAAUCUCACUCACACUUUUUAUGCUAAUUUGUACUAGUUGUUUUGACGUUUCAAUUUAUCGACAAUUUCCAACGCACUCGUGGUAUUCCCCAUGAUAACUAAAAGCCCUGAGGGCGUGCGUGUGCGUGUGCGUGUGCAGGGGUAUGCAGCCACCGGCGCGCCUACUACUACUACGCGGAGGCGCUGCGGCGGCCCGAGGAGUUCUCGGCGAGGGCGUGCGGCUCCUGGGGCGACUUCAAGAACGGCUCGUGUGCGGACGCGCCCUCCGUGUCGCUCACCGCCCUCGCCGCCGACGGCGACGCCAACGACACCGACACCGCCGCCGGCUCCGACGGUGACUUCGGUGCGUAUGGUUUUCCAGUGUGUGGGGCUUCAACAAGCAAAAGUGACAUUACCACAAACGCUAUCGCCAACUUUACCUUCUUGGUGAAUGUUUGUGGUGAGAAACAGUAUUUAAGGAGCAGUGUAGUCCUAACUGGUUCUGUUCGCUUAUCUGUGUUCAAUAGUGAGCAAAUAAGUGUUGAAAUGUUGCAGGGGCCCCGCCUUCUACUUCCUGGACACGAACCCGCAGCCGCCCUUCGGCCGCCCGCCACCUACGCCCUCGAAAGGGGGGCCCUUCGGUUCCUUUCCCUCUGUGCUGGGCGCGCCCUAAUUCUCCCUUCGACGCUUUACAGUCGACUCCAGCCAAGUAUUUUGCAGGUGCAACACAACCCGCAUUGCUACACAUAUUAGACAGUCAUAUAUAUUUUCUGUUAGCAUUACACCACUACUAUGCUUUUUUCACUCAUUGACAAAUUAUACUAAUUAACUGUUGGAUAUUAUUUUGUUAUGUCGGAACUUCAGUUGUGGAAUAAAAAGUUUUUGCUUCAUUGAUACAUUGGAAUUUAAUGAAGGUUUUUUCUAGUGCUUGAAAGAAGAGUAAUCGUGUCUAUUUUCAACAUAUAUUGAAAAGGUUGGGCUGGGAGAAUUUACUGAACGAACUGACAUGCAUACGUUUUUGGAAACGUUCUUCUCAUUUUAUGUUGUGAAAUUUUAAUACAUGCAAAUUUCUUUUAGUACAGUAGUUGUAUAAGCGUCAAAACAGGAGUGAUACUUUCAACAUCUGUAUUAUUUAUUUAUGUACAGAUUCAAUAAAAGUUAAAACAAGGAAUUGCUAGUAGAAGUAACUCAGGAAAGUAU